GUUUAAUUAAAUGUUUUAACAGGCAGUUGCAAUAAAAUCUCAUGAAAUGCAUUCAAAAAGAAAAGUAUUUGAAAAAUAACCUUUGUUUAUUAAAGCAGGUUUAUAUUAUUUGAAUUAAUAUGUUGAAUAAAGAAAAUUAGAUAUAGAGUAGAGACUUAGUUUUGCAAAUGAAUUAAAGGAGAAUGGAAAUAGUUUAUUUCAAUAAGGUAUAAAAAUAAAUUAAUUUGAUAAAAGGGAGAUUUGGGAAUGCAUCUCAUGAAUAUGAAAAGUCAUUAAGUAUUUUUUUGUAUAUUGAAAAUAAAAAUGCAAAUUGGAAAAAUGAAGGAAUAGUGGAUGAUGAUUUGACAUAUAAGGAUGAUAAUUUUGAUGAAAGAAUAGUUGAUAUAAGAAUAAAAUUGUUGUUAAAUUUAGCAAUUUGUUAUAUAAAAGAGAAAUAAUAUAAGGAUGCAAUAGCAGCAUGUGAUUACGUAUUGAAUAUUUAGGAUAAUGCUAAGGCAUAUUAUAGAAGAGCAAAAGUAUGAGUUUAAAAAAACUUAGGCUAGAUUGGAUAAUAUUAAUGCAGAGGAGAAUGAUUAUAAAUAAGCAAUAGAAGAUUUAGAGAGAGCAUUAGUAAUUGAUGAUGAUGAAGCAAUAAGAAAGGAAUUAACUAAGGCUAAAUUAGAGUUGAAAAAGAUGAUGAGAUCAAGUAUUGAAAUAUCAUAAAAUGUAAUGAAAAAUAUUGAAAAAACAUCUCUUGAAACUAAAGGGAUUGAAUAAUAAUAAUAGAAAUAUAAGGAGAUAAUUGAGGAAGAUUCAUCAUCAGAGGAAGAAGAUGAAGAUUGUGAAUAUAGUGAAGAUUGGAAAAAGUAUUCUUUUAAUACACUUUCAUAUGAACCAAGUUUUGAAGAAGAUACAAAUAUUUAAGUGGCAGAAGAAAUAAAUGAACUUGGUAAGUUUAUUGAAAGUAGAGGUGUAUAGAUCUUACAUUUAUAUGAAAGUUAAGGAAAACAUUAGGAAGCUGAAAAACAUCGUCAAUUUUUAGGUUAAUUGAUGGCAGCUAAAAUAAAGAUUGAAAGAAUAAGUAGAUCAAAUUUUAGUAAACCAAUUGUAAAUGAGAAAGCAACAUAAUUUGGAAUUGAUUUAAGUGAUCCUAUAGUUUAAGAAGAAUUUAAAUAGUUGUUUCAAUAAAACAUGAAAGAUCUUAGAAAGUGGUUAAAAGAAUAGAAUUGGAAAAUGAGAAAGUCUAAGAUUAUAAAAAAGGUUAAUAAAUUGGCUAAAAAAGAGAAGGAAGUAAAAAUGGAAGAAGAAAGUGGAGCAAAUUCAAAAUAUGAUUGGUUGGUGUUAGGAAUAUGUGCUUUAAUUAUAUUAAUAAGUUUAUAUUAUUAUAUAUUUGAUUGA